GUCGUCACACUGCUCCUGCGCGGCCAUCUUUUUUCCCAGUGCGAGCUUCGAAACACAAAAACACAACAUAGCACUAUUUAUCUCACAAACAUAUUCGGACUACACCGCCCAACUGAGACGUGAGCAGCAAUCAUGUCUGACUUCAUUGAGAGCGAAGCAGAGGAGUCAGAAGAGGAGUUUGAAGAGAAAGACCUAAAACCAAAGAAAACCCAGAGGUUUAUGGAGGAGGAUGAUGAGGAGGAAGAGGAAAACACCGAGGAUCAGGAUGAGCAAGGAAAUUUACGAGGGCUCAUCGACGAUGGGGAUGAGGAGGAAGAGGAAGAAGCAGCUGCGAGUCCUAAAGGGAGUGACUCAGAGGACGAGGUGAAGCACAGGCGUAAAAAGCGUGUUUAUGACGACACCCUGGAUGACGACGAUCUUGACCUCAUUGAGGAAAACCUGGGUGUCAAAGUGAAAAGAAGGAAGAAGAAAUACGACCGUGUAAAAAUGCUGGAUGAUGACGAGGAGGACGACGAUGAGAAAGACUUAAUCGCAGAUGAGAUUUUCCAUGGCGAUGCUGAGGGAGAGCUGGAGGAAGGCGAAGCUGUUGACGAGCCCCUCAGACAAGCCGAUGAUGACGAAGAAGGAGAGGACGAGGAGUCAGAUAUCGAUGAUUUUAUUGUCGAUGAUGACGGCCAGCCCAUCACUAAAAAGAAUCGCAAAAAGUUCUCAGGCUACACCGAUGCAGCUCUGCAAGAGGCUCAGGAGAUUUUCGGCGGCGAUUUCGACUUUGCCGACUUUGACGCAGAUGCGUAUGAUCAGGGCGAGGAGGAGGAGGAAGAUCAAGAUGAAGAGGGCUGGGACAGACCCAAGAAACAAACAAAGAGGAGGCAGGGGAGGAAGAGCAUCUUUGAGAUCUAUGAGCCCAGUGAGCUGGAAAGCAGCCACAUGACCGACCAGGACAACGAGAUCCGCUCCACAGACAUGCCCGAGCGCUUCCAGUUACGAUCCAUCCCCGUCAAACCUGCUGAGGAUGAUGAACUGGAGGAGGAGGCAGAGUGGAUCUACAGACACGGCUUCUCCACUCUCACCAUUUCUAUGCAGGAGAGCACAGAUUACCUUGACAGGGGAUCAACCACCAACUUCAGCAGAAAGGGUCCCAGCACUAUUGCCAAAAUCAAAGAGGCUCUCAACUUCAUGAGGAAUCAGCAGUUUGAGGUUCCUUUCAUUGCUUUCUACAGGAAGGAAUAUGUUGAACCGGAGCUAAAUAUCAAUGAUUUGUGGAAAGUGUGGCAAUGGGAUGAGAAGUGGACUCAGCUGAAGACCAGGAAGCGGAAUCUGACCCGUCUGUUUCAGAAGAUGCAGUCCUUCCAGUUCGAGCAGAUCUCGGCCGACCCAGACAAGCCUUUAGCCGACGGCAUCCGUCCUCUGGACACUGCUGACAUGGAGAGGCUGAAAGACGUGCAGACACUCGAAGAGCUCAGUGAUGUGUACAAUCACUUUUUGCUCUACUAUGGCCGUGACAUUCCUAAGAUGCAGAAUGCUGCCAAAGCCAACAAGAAAAGGCUCAGAAAGAUCAAAGAAGUGUCUGAAGACGGUGAAGAGGAGGAGCUGGAGGUGGAGGAGGAAGAGGAUCCCAAAGGUCCUGACCUCAAGUUGGCCUCCCGUCGGGAUAUGUACAGUAUCUGUCAGAGCGUUGGACUGGAUGGCUUGGCUAAAAAGUUUGGAUUAACUCCAGAGCAGUUUGGAGAGAAUCUGAGAGACAGCUACCAGCGUCACGAGACGGAGCAGUUCCCGGCCGAGCCGGUGGAGCUGGCCAAAGACUACGUUUGCAGUCAGUUCUCCACCCCCGAGGCCGUCCUGGAAGGUACCCGCUACAUGGUCGCCAUGCAGAUUGCCCGCGAGCCUCUGGUCAGACACGUGCUCCGACAGACCUUCCAAGAGAGAGCAAAGAUCAACAUCAAACCAACGAAGAAGGGCAAGAAGGAGGUAGACGAGGCUCAUUUUGCUUACUCCUUCAAGUAUCUCAAGAAUAAACCAGUGAAAGAGCUGAACGGCGAUCAGUUCUUGAAGAUGUGUUUGGCUGAGGACGAGGGGCUGCUUUCCAUUGAGAUCUGUAUAGACCUCAUCGGAGUGAAAGGGUACGCUGGGGACCAGACGUAUUUCGACGAGAUCAAGCAGUUCUACUACAGAGAUGAGUUCAGUCACCAAGUGCAGGAGUGGAACCGACAGCGAACUUUGGCCAUAGAAAGAGCCCUCAAUCAGUUCCUCUACCCUCAGAUGGCCAAGGAGCUGAAAAGCAAACUGGUUGCUGAGGCCAAAGAGAGCAUUGUCAGGUCCUGCUGUCGACGCUUGUAUAACUGGCUGAAGGUGGCUCCCUACAGGCCCGAUCAGCAGGUGGAGGAAGACGAUGAUCUUAUGGAUGAAAAUCAAGGAAAAGGCAUCCGUGUGCUUGGCGUAGCCUACGCACCAAGCAGAGAUACGCCCGUUUUCUGUGCUUUGAUCAACGGCGAAGGAGAAGUGGUGGAUUUCCUUCGUCUGCCCUACUUUCUGAAGAGGCGGAAUGCCUUCAGGGAGGACGAGAGAACAAAGAAGGCCAAUGAUAUUGAAAAUCUCAAGAAGUUUCUCUCCAGUAAGAAACCUCAUGUUGUGGCUGUCGCUGGAGAAAACCGUGAUGCUCAAAUGAUCAUGGAGGACAUCAAGAGGACCAUCAGCGAGCUGGAGCAGGAGUCCUCUCUUCCUGCCGUCGGCGUCGAGCUCAUUGACAACGAACUGGCCACGCUGUACAUGAACAGCAGGAAGUCUGAGGUUGAUUACAGGGAUUAUCCUCCCCUGCUGCGACAGGCUGUAUCGAUAGCCAGGAAGAUCCAGGACCCCCUGGUGGAGUAUGCCCAAGUGUGUAGCACCGAUGAGGACAUUCUCUGCCUCAAACUGCACCCACUGCAGGAGCAUGUGGUGAAGGAGGAUUUGCUCUCUGCUCUAUACUGUGAGUUCAUCAACCGUGUAAAUGAGGUUGGAGUGGACGUAAACAGAGCCAUUGCUCAUCCUCACACUCAGAGCCUGGUCCAGUAUGUGUGUGGUUUGGGACCGAGGAAGGGCUCUCACCUGCUCAAGAUUCUGAAGCAGAACAACACUCGUCUGGAAAACAGAACGCAGCUGGUCACAAUGUGUCACAUGGGACCCAAGGUCUUCAUCAACUGUGCCGGCUUCAUCAAGAUUGACACAGCCUCACUCGGGGACAGUACGGACUCGUAUAUCGAGGUUUUGGACGGUUCCCGCGUCCAUCCCGAGACAUACGAGUGGGCUCGGAAGAUGGCUGUGGACGCCCUUGAGUACGAUGAAUCUGCUGAGGACGCCAACCCAGCCGGCGCUCUGGAGGAGAUCCUGGAAAACCCAGAGCGUCUCAAAGAUCUGGAUCUGGACGCUUUUGCUGAGGAGCUCGAAAGACAGGGUUACGGCAACAAAGGAAUCACCUUGUAUGACAUCCGUGCAGAGCUCAGCUGCAGGUAUAAAGAUCUGAGAGUGGCCUACCGAGUUCCCAACACUGAGGAAGUCUUCAACUUGCUCACUAAGGAGACUCCAGAAACCUUUUAUAUCGGCAAGCUGAUCACUAGUGUGGUGACAGGAAUCGCUCACAGGCGCCCUCAUGGUGAGACCUACGACCAGGCCAUCCGGAACGACAGCACGGGUUUGUGGCAGUGUCCCUUCUGCCGACAGGGCAACUUCCCCGAACUGAGUGAGGUGUGGAACCACUUCGACAGUGGCUCCUGCCCCGGUCAGGCCAUUGGCGUGAGGAGCAGACUGGAUAACGGUGUCCAGGGAUUCAUUCCCACCAAGUUCCUCAGUGACAAAGUGGUCAAACACCCUGAGGACAGGGUCAAGGUGGGCAUGACCGUCCACUGCCGCAUCAUGAAAAUCGACAUUGAGAAGUUCAGUGUGGACCUGACGUGUCGUACCUCCGACCUGACUGACAAAAACAAUGAGUGGAAGCUGCCUAAAGACACCUACUACGACUUUGACACCGAGUCUGAAGAUCAGAAACUGGAGGAGGAGUUCAAAAAGAAGCAGCAACGAACACCGUAUAUAAAGCGCGUCAUCGCCCACCCGAACUUCCACAACAUCAGCUUCAACCAGGCCGAGAAGAUGAUGGAGACCCUCGACCAGGGAGACUUGAUCAUCAGGCCGAGCAGUAAAGGAGAGAACCAUCUCACGGUAACCUGGAAGGUGGCAGAUGGCAUCUACCAGCAUGUUGACGUGAGGGAAGAAGGCAAAGAGAACGCCUUCAGCCUGGGACACACACUCUGGAUCAAUAAUGAAGAGUUUGAAGAUCUAGAUGAAAUCACUGCUCGGUACAUUCAGCCCAUGGCCUCCUUCGCCCGGGAUUUACUGGGACACAAGUAUUUCCAGGACUGCAAUGGAGGAAGCAAAGAGAAAAUGGAAGAGAUGUUGAUCAGAACGAAGAGGGAGAAGCCCACUUUCAUUCCGUACUUUGUUUCGGCGUGUAAAGAUCUGCCGGGAAAAUUCAUCCUGGGCUACCAGCCCCGCGGGAAACCUCGGAUUGAGUAUGUGACCAUCACCCCGGAUGGUUUCCGCUACCGCUCCCAGAUAUUUCCCACAGUUAACGGAUUGUUCCGCUGGUUUAAGGACCACUACCAAGAGCCGGUGCCGGGCAUCACUCCGAGCAACAGCAGCCGGACCAGGACCCCCGCCUCCUUGAACGCCACCCCAGCCAACAUCAACAUAGCAGACCUGACGCGCGCCGUCAACGCCCUCCCGCGCAACAUGACCUCUCAGAUGUUCAACGCCAUCGCCGCAGUCACGGGCCAGGGUCAGAACCCCAACACCACCCCGGCGCAGUGGGGCUCCAGCCAGUACGGCUACGGCGGCAGCACGGGCGGAGGCGGAGGAAGCUCGUCUGCUUAUCACGUGUUUGCCACGCCGCAGCAGCCCAUAGCCACGCCCAUGAUGACGCCCAGCUACUCCUACACCACCCCGAGCCAGCAGGCGCUGGGCACGCCGCAGUACACCGGCUCCACCCCGCAGUCCUCGCACGCCCACGCGCACGCCGGCCACGUCUCGCACCACGGCCACCACAGCAGCCACCACGGACACUCGUCCGGCACGCCGUCCUCCUCCACCUCGUCCCGAGGGCGGACGCCUCAGCAGCAGCAGCCAAAGCCGAGCAGCAGCAGCGGCAGCUCCUCCUCGGCGGUGGACUGGGGCAAGAUGGCCGAACAGUGGCUGAAGGAGAAAGAGGCGGAGGGCCGGAAGAAAGCCCAGAGGAUGACGCCGCGGCCGUCCCCCAGCCCCAUGAUCGAGAGCACGCCCAUGUCCAUCGCCGGCGACGCCACGCCCUUACUGGAUGAGAUGGAUCGAUAGGACACAGAGGGGGGCGUCACUCCCCCCCCCCACCCCCGGUCCUGUGCUCCGUUUCAUCUCUCGAGUCGCUCCUCACCCGUUCAGCCCCCGACCAUCAGUGGAAGCCCCCUCCAUCCAUCCAUCACAUCGCUCCCAGCAUUCCCUCCACUCUGUCUCCGCCUUUAGCUCUCAUCCUCGCUCCCUUCCUCCUGCCAGACUCGCAGCAGCUUAGUGUUCUGUACAGUUUCAAUAAAGCGUGUGUCGCACCGAACGCAGUGCAAAGAGUGUGAGACGGCGGCCGCUAGCAGGACACGGACCUACCCAGGCAUUGACUGACGAGCUGUCCUGCUACCUUUUUUUUUUGCCCCCAAUGCGAUUGGGUUCAGUUCGACAGAGAGGAGCCGGUCAUCUUUCCUCCGUUACAGUCCAGGAAGCUUGUCUUCCCCAAACCAAUCAGGAAGGUGAAUUUUUCUUUGUAUGAAAUGCGGCAGAAUGAAUAAAGACCUUUUUUUUUCUGUUUGAAUUUUUAAACUGUACUUCACAUCUCUAACUGUACACACACACACACACACACACACACACACACACAGUAUGAAAGGACAGGCUUCAGUUCCUGCUGUAAUUCCCCCCGCACGCUGUAUUAUGAUCAGCUGACUGUUUGUCGGCUCCUGUAGAUAGCCUCUGACGUCCUGUUGCUUCUGUGGCCUGGAGCAUGUGCCCAUGAGCAAUGCGCUGCUUUAUUUUUGAUUUUUGGGUGAAUUCAUGUGUGAAAGAAAUGCAUUCAACCUUAUAAAAGCGUUGAUAUUUGUGUUGACCCGAGUUAUUUUCACCUGACUGGCGAAUACGCAUCAGCGGCUGGUCGAGUCUUUUUAGUUUACUCAUAUUUGACUCUCGUGUCUUGAAAUGUUUGCAGUCCAGUGAGUAUUUCGCCCUCGACGUUGACGUUUGCCGCCUUGUAGGCUGUGAGCUCUGAACGAGCCUGAGACAGUAUCGACUUUUCACAGCCGCAACCGUGAAAUUACAAUGUUCCAGUGGAAGUUUCACCCAAACACAGAAGAUACCAUCAGACUGAUCCCCCACUGUGUUUAUAUUUCUGACUCUGUAUGAUAAACCUGAACCGCACGCAGUUAUUUCAUUAGAUUAAGUAUAUUAAGAAGUCAUCGUGUGGCAUAAA